CUCUCCAGAGGUUUUGCAGGGAACUGGCAAUGGAGGUCCCCUGCAUCAGGGAAACUGUAGAAACCCUCAGCGACUCUCAUCGGGCGUCAAGGAGGGCGGAGGAAUCCGCCGCGAGGAGAUUCCAGGCAGCAGCGUGGCUCCGGAGCACGCUUGGAGAGUCGUUGAAACUUUCUCCGCAGCCGUCUGAGGAGGAGUUCCUCUCUUGUCUGAGAAAUGGACUGGUCCUGUGCAAUGCCAUCAACAAGAUCAAGCCAGGAGCUGUUCCUAAGGUUGUGGAGAGUCACUCUGCUUCGAUUCUGUCGGAAUGUGAGAAAUCACCACUGCCAGCUUAUCAGUACUUUGAGAACGUGAGGAAUUUUACAAAAGCUGUUGAGGAAAUGAAGUUACCUGCUUUUGAAGCAUCAGUUCUUGAAAGGGGCAUGCUGGAACCCGUAGGAUCCACGGGGAAGAUUGUUGACUGUAUCCUGGCUCUUAAGUCAUACCAUGAAUGGAUAAAGAGUGGGAGCAGCGGCUCAUGGAAGUAUACUGGAACUGGGCGGUCGCCAAUGGUGUCACAUUCCAGUGGAAGAAAUCGUACCGACGUGAGUAGUUCGGAGUUCACACUUGCUUGUAGAAGAUUGGACUUGUCAUCUUCAAGUGACAAGCAUAAAAGCCAAGAUGAGAAGAGCCCACCGAGUGGUCAAGAUUCGAGCAAUGUCAAUUUAAUUCUAAAACAAGUUGCUGAGUCACUGUUUGCUGCAAAAGAAAAUGUUGACCAGAGGUGUCUUGAUUCAAGGCUUCUUGCCAAUACUGAUAUUGGCAGGUUGAUAAUUCAAUUGAUCUCCAAUCACCUACUAAAGAAAAAACCAAAUAGUUUUCCCCAUCUGGAGGCAUUUCUUAAAGAACAUUUGAAGUACGGAGAGAACUUAACUACAGGUUCAAAUAGCAGUACGCCAAGUUCUUUGCCUUCAGAAGAAAAAUACAAGGGUUGUCGAUCAUGUGUAGCGAAGGGAAAAUGCACACAUUUAUUUCUUGUGGAGGCACAGGAGGAGGAAAUCAAAGCAUUGAGGUCCCUAAUGCGCGAGACACAGACGGAGUUCAAUGCUUGGCAGUCUCAAUUGCGGAUGGACUUGAUGCAAUUGGGAAAUGAGGUUCAGGGGCUUUCCACUGCUGCGCUUGGUUACCAGCGUGUUGUAAAGGAAAACAGAAACCUGUACAAUAUGCUCCAGGAUCUUAAAGGGAAUAUACGAGUUUAUUGCAGAAUUAGGCCUUUGCUUGAAGCUGGCUAUUCAACAGUUGAUUUCAUUGGAGAAGAUGGGUCUCUGACAAUUUUGAAUCCUCUAAAGCAGCAGAAGGAUCAACCAAAAACAUUCCAGUUCAACAAGGUCUUUGGUCCAACUUCUACACAAGAUGAUGUCUAUAUGGAUACUCAACCUCUAAUUAGGUCUGUCAUGGAUGGUUACAACGUUUGCAUCUUUGCAUAUGGCCAAACAGGAUCUGGCAAAACAUACACAAUGUGUGGUACAUCAACCAGUUCGCGGAAGGACUUGGGAAUCAAUUAUAAGGCCCUAGAUGAUCUAUUUAAGAUAUCUCAGGAAAGGAAGGACUACGUUAAAUAUGAGGUUCAGGUUCAGAUGGUUGAGAUAUAUAAUGAGCAAGUCAGGGAUCUGCUUGCAGAAGAUCCUUCAACUACAAAGUUAGAAAUUCGGAGCUCUACAUGCAAUGGCUUGAAUGUUCCAGAUGCUAGUCUACACCUUGUCCAAUGUCCGACUGACAUUCAUAACCUGAUGAGUUUGGGACAAAAAAAUCGUGCUGUCAGUUCAACUGCUAUGAACAACCGAAGUAGUCGCUCACAUAGUGUUUUAACUGUUCAUGUGCAAGGCAUUGAUACAUCUGGUAGCCUCAUCCGAAGCUCCCUACACUUGGUGGACCUUGCAGGAAGUGAGAGGGUUGACAAGUCAGAAGCUACGGGGGACAGGUUGAAAGAGGCACAAUAUAUUAACAGGUCUCUUUCUUGUCUGGGAGAUGUAAUAGCUGCACUAGCCCAAAAGAACUCAUACAUACCUUACAGAAACAGCAAGCUCACACAGCUACUACAAGAUUCCUUAGGUGGCCAAGCAAAGACCUUGAUGUUUGCCCAUGUGAGCCCAGAAGCUGAUUCUUAUGGAGAAACUAUCAGUACAUUGAAAUUUGCGGAGAGGGUUUCUGCUGUUGAACUUGGUGCUGCUCGAUUAAACAAAGAAAGUGGCGAAGUUAGAGAGCUUAAAGAACAGGUCGAAUAUUUAAAGAAGGCAAUAGCAAAGAAGGAAGGGGAAGUAACAAUCCUGUCACAGAAAUCUCCUCCGGAACAGAAAAACAAGUUUGAAAGUGCUCCACCACAUCCACGGCGAAGAAUGAGCAUUGAAGGCUCUAAUUUCCCGAAGCCUGAACCAAGUUACCUUAAUUCUAUUUCAUCUUUAAAAUCCCCUACAUUGUCAAUGAAAUCUGAGACAGAAAAUACUCCUGUUCGUUCUCGAAGAUUAAGCAUAGAGAAAGCUGCAUAUGGAAAGAUGGAGCUGCAACAGCAAAAGAUCAGUAGGACAAGAAAGGCCCCAGGCUACUUGUCCAGCAGCAUGUGCAGCAUUUCAACAGAGCAGUCCCCCGGAUCUUCUCAAGUUCUCUUUAAAGCUGGACAGCGUAACAUUUUGGCACCAGUUCAACUUACAGUUGACGAACCCGGGAAUAAUACCAGAGCAAUGACAGGACUUUUUUGCCCUUAUAACUCAUAUUCUAACAUGGACUGUAACAAUCAAAUGUCAUAUGGGAUGGCUGUCCCUCUGCCACUGCCACGCACCCCAGAUUUUACUAUGUCAGUGAAAAAAGAUGGAUCAGAUAAUGAGAAGCAGAGUGAAGCAAGUCUUAAUAGUAAGUUCCAGCUACUGUCUGCUCCUUCAAACCGAAAGGGAUCGCAAAUAAGGAAAUCACUCAAUAAUACCAUAGGAAAGUUGAUCAAUGGCUCUGAUAAAAGGAAUCUCAUUGGCCAACUGGAAACUUCAUCACCUUUCUGUGCCAGGCAAAGAGACACUUAUCCAGCGAAAUCACCAGUUGCACCAAGUUCUAGUUCUCGCCGUAGGCAAUCGCUGACUGGUCAUGUCGGAGGACUGGAAUCUUCAAGAAGGUCCUCCUUGGGAGGGAAAAUGAACUCUUCUUGUACAAGAGAGCCGCAGUCAUUAGUCACACCAGCAACAGCCUACCAAUCUGUAAAGACGACAAAGAGGUGGUUGUAAUGACACAGAGAUGGUUGUCAACGAUUUCACAAGUUGGCUGUUCGCAAAGCCCGUUCUAAUUACUAUAAUCCGGUGGCGCUGCUGUUAAGAAAAUAGAGGCACAGGAAGUACAUAUCUAGAAGAGGGAUAGCAUUGAAAGAUUGCAUUCUUUGCAGUUGAUGUACAUAAGUUCUCAUUGUUCUGAACUCUUCAUUCUAGAAAUUUUGGUUCCUGCCUCUUAAUAGUAUAAAUAAUUCUCAUCUCUC